AUGGAGCAGGGUAAUAGUAGACAGCUGUUUAUACAUUUGAUUAAAGAUACUUUAAAAGCCAGAGGAGCUAAGGUGGAGCAGCAGCAAGUACAAGAGUUCCUAGAGUUCGUUGAGCGGCUGUGCCCAUGGUUUUCCAAGCACAGGACCUUGGAUGCAGACACAUGGAGGAGAAUUGGAGUGAAAAUCCAACAGCAUUCUAACAAGCACGAGCCUGGAAAGAUCUCAGUUGGUGCUCCCAGUCUGUGGGCACUUAUCCAGGACAGCUUGGGUUUGCGCCCUGAAGGGCAGAAGGUGUUUCCUCCUGAAACAGUUAACAGUGAGACAAAACCCUCGGCGCCGCUGGAGCCCCUGGAUGCGGACGCCUUUACAGAAUUGUUGGAUCGUGAUCGGUUUGAUCCUGUUGAAGCUGAGUUUGAAGAAGAACCCACUGGGUACAGUAAUGAGAAGUUUUCACCUCCCCAGAUUCAGACUGUGAAUGUCAAAGGGCAGAAACCUGGUGAUGAGAUUGAGGAGGAGCUGAAGGACUUGAGGGGUUUAGUAGUUUCCCUUUCACAAAAACUGGAGAGUCUGCAAGUCUCUUCUCAGGAGGGCACUCCUCUUCCUACUGUCAGGGCUGGAUUAGGUCCGCCUGGAGGGCCAUCUGUGGUGCAAAGACUUCCCAGAGUAUGGCAAGCACUCACUGUUAGUCAUAUGUCUCCCCUGCAAGCUAGUAUUAAAGAAGCAGCAAGCAGAGGGGAGGAUGUGCAAGGGUUUCAGAUGUUCCAAGUGAUUGAGCAGCGAGAUGCCCAGGGCAAUGUUAUUUUGGUGCAUGUGCCGAUUCUGUUUAAACAACUCAAGGAACUAAAAAUGGCAUGUUCUCUCUAUGGGCCCACUGCACCCUUUACAACAGGUCUGCUUGAAGACAUAGCUAUAAUGAUCUUGACUCCUGAGGAUUGGAAACUGAUUGCCAGAGCUUGCCUGUCGAAAAAGCAUUACCUAUUGUGGAAAAGUGAAUUUAUGAAACAGUGUAAAGCCACAGCUGAAAGGAAUCGGACCCAACAAAGUUCCAUUACUUUUGAUAUGCUUGCCGGAGAAGGCGUUUAUCAGACAACAGAUAAGCAGUUAGAUUUUGAUCCUGCAGUGUAUGCCCAGGUAGAUAGGGCUGCCAAGAUGGCCUGGAAUCGGCUUCCGCCCACUGGGACGCACACCGUGCACUUGUCAAAAAUAAGGCAAGGACCUGAUGAAUUAUUUCAGGACUUUGUCUCCAGGUUGACAGAGGCAACAAGCAGGUUAAUUGGGAUUACAGAAGAUAGAUUUAUCAAAGUGCUAGCCUACGAAAAUGCUAAUGCCGUCUGUCAGGCUGCUUUGAGACCUCAUAGAACAAAGGGCACCAUCUCUGAUUAUAUUCGACUUUGCUCGGAUAUUGGGCCUUCAUAUACUCAGGGGUUAGCUAUGGCUGCUGCAUUACAGGGAAAAACAGUUAAGGAUAUUCUCUUCCAACAAAGAAAUCAAGGUCUGAGACAAGGGAGAGCUGUGGGCUCUUCUGGAAGUUGCUUUGGGUGUGGCCGGGUAGGGCACAAGGUCAAGCAGUGUCCUGAUGAGAGAAAACGUGUUGGGACAAAGAAGGAACCUGGAUUGUGCCCAAAAUGCAAGAGAGGAAAACAUUGGGCUAAUGAAUGUAGAUCAAAGAAGGAUGCCCAUGGGAAUCCACUGCCGGGAAGGGGGCAGAGGGGCCUGCCCCAGGGCCCGAGAAGUCUGGUGGGAGGUGCAGACAACUACCCAGAAGCUUGUGAGCAAGCUGGCCUUGAGUACAUGAACAACAGCGGCAGCAUCACCCUGGAAAUACCAGCAGUGAUAGCUGUGACAGUCAUGGCAGUUAGGCCAAAAUCACACUUGACCCAGCCCAGUAGUUGUAAUUGGGUAUGUGCCAUGCUGGUGGCAGCAUGA